AAGACAUUACUUACAAUGUGCCCGACUCGUGAUAUAGAUUCCACGAGUGCUCGUUUGAGAAGCCAAUGCCGACGUUCUUUGUGCAGCCCGCACAGCCAACUGCAUUAUCAGAUAAAUAUGAAGUGGAACUACCUGGUUAUGAACUGUGGGCAACCAUGAUCCAAAACGUUCACGUUCUUGUGGGUUCGCUGGAUGUAAAGAAGUUCAGUGCUGCGCUCUCCAGGACUUUGCAACUGUGGCCUCAUACUGCCGGAAGACUGACAAACGAUGGCGGGAAAUAUAAGGCAAUUGAAUUCGAAGAGCGUCCUCAUGAAUCAACGUCUUCAGUUGUCCUUGAUUCUCACGUCAUUCAGAAUGACCUCUCGGGCUUGCUGAACUCUCCUCAUCAGCGCAGUGCGUUCGACUUCGAAGUCCCUCUUUUGAGACUUAAAGUCGUCUCCUUUCGCGAUGAAACCACACUCGGCAUUUCUUGGAAUCAUAUAUUGGGUGAUGCGACUGCGUUCUUCCGCUUCACUCAUGCAUUUUCCCAAUUUUACCAAGGCUUACACCUCGUCUAUCCGUCGCCUACGUUCGAGAAGCCCAUUUUCCCUGAGCCUUCGGAGUGCACCAUUGAAGAACUACGCCCAUCAAUCUGCUACUUGCACGAACUUUGUAGCGAGGAAGUGCUUUGUAAAAAGUACUCGCAGAGAGUACACACAUCAGAACGUGUCAAUUGGUUCUUUGAGAGACAUGAAUUAGAGACACUCUGUAACUCUUUGCGUCAAAGAUCACCUUCAGCAGCAACCCGGCUGUCAAUCCAUGACAGUCUCUCCGCAUAUAUCGUCACCGUGAUAAACCGUAUUUUGCCUAAUCAAAUACGCAAGAUCAAAUUCAUGGACAGCUAUCGCUUCUCUGGAGCAAGUUUCGCAUUUCCUGAUGUUGCUGGCAAUGCUAUAAUCGAAGCUUUGACAGCACUGCCAGAGAACCCGACCGACAUCACAGGUAUCGCCACAAGCAUCCGCGAGACCCUCACGCACUAUCGACAACACGAAGUCAUCUCAACAUGGAUGUCCGUAGCCAGUCACCUGAUGCUCGCAGCUGCAAAGGCAAGGAAAUUAUUUUACUACCCUCCUACUGAAAUUAUCAUCGACUGGUGUUCAGCACAUUUCGGUCAACCAGAGUCGCAUAGACAUCACAUGAGUGGGCAUGGCUUGCUUUAUCUGCGCGUCUUCGGCGCCAAUCCAUGGCGCGGAGAUGAUGGAUCGUGGCAUGCUCCAGAGGGAAGAAUCGACAUAUCCAUCGGAGUUCCUCAGGGAUACAGGCAAAAGGUGCUGGACAUACUGGCGCAAGGACUCGAUAGCAUCAAGAAAGAUGGUUGA